UUGAUAACUACGUUUUGUCAACAUAAAAUUUGAUGUAAACAUUCAGAUUUAAAAUUUAAUUUUAUUAAUUUGUGGAUAACGAGCUAAUUUUACCAAGUGUGUUUGUACCUUUGUACUCGUACAAAAAAUGUCUUGUAAAAUGGGUUCGGUGUGCGCUAUGUACGGCUGUAACAAUUAUAAACAGCAAAAGGAACACAAAUCCUUUUUUAGAAUGCCAAAAGAUAAAAAUGUUUUAAAACAGUGGGUUGCAGCUUGCCAGCGACAAGACCUAGACUUGCUAUUCAAUGAAAAAGAACCGGAACAUUUACAUAAAAGCUAUAGGGUGUGUUCAGACCACUUUGAAAUAGAGUGUUUUAGAAACAAAAACCUAUUCAGCCAAGGCUUGUUUCGUGGAUCGGUACCAACUCUUAAUAUACAUGGAAUUCAAAAUGCUCCAAAAAGAAAGAUUCAAGACAUAGUAGUAACUCACGAAAGUCACAAGAAAAUUCAAUUAGCAGAAAUGCCCACGGAUGAAACAGACGCCUUGACUUGUGCUGCAACAACAACAACUAAUGAUGCAACAACAACUAAUGAUGCAACAACAAUGACUAAUGAUGCAUCAAAUAAUGAUCUAAUUGAAAAUUUACAAAAAGAAAAUGCAAACUUAAAAGUAUCUAUUGCCAUGGUCAAAAGAAAAUUAAAGAACAAAACCAGUUUAUUAUCUAAAUACAAGAGGCGAAACGAAAUUUUAAAGCGAAAACUUCAACAAUUUAAAAAACAAACAAAUUAAAAAAAAAAUUUAGUCGGUGAAAAAUUAGAAAUGAAUAAAGUUGGUAACCACUUCAUGGUAAUUCAUUAAUGUCAUAUUCAAAUUCAUAGUCAAUUAAGGUUUUCACUUCUUGUUCUUCUUCUUCUUUUUGUAUAGACAUGACUCUGUCUGUUUUUUCAAUGUGCCUCUAGUAAGUUGUCGUUCCAUCAUUUUCGUAGCCGGUUUGUUGUAUUCUAACGAUUUCUCUUGAACUUACCUCAUCUUUCCGACCUAAAACCUUGUUGUUCUUCUGAAAAUAACUAUCAUAUUGAUAAAUUAGAUGAGUUAAAAGAAUUUCUAAGUAAUACAUAUCAGAGUAUUGAAUAGAAGAAGAGUUAAUCCAACAUGUAUCAAUGGAUGGAUAUCAAAUAUUAAUUCUCUGAAGUUGCUUUGGAAUGAUUUAACGAGCAAUUAUGGGUUUAAAUUUCUUUUUACAAGUUUUUUUUAACCCAAGACUGUAUAGAAAAUUUAAUUUCUAUUAUUAGGGGUAAGGGUUUUAAUAGUAAUACCUACACCUGAUAGUGUGAAAUUUAUAGGUGUAACUUGCGAUCUGUCAUGGCAAAUCAAUUAUUGGAACCAUCUGCCUACAGCAAUUGCUACUUGAUGCUUGUUCCUUUUUAACCCAAAAAGAUGAAAUACUCAAAAACCCAAUUAAAGUAUUGCUAAAUAAUCCUAUCGAGCAUAGCACUAAAAACAACAUAAGUGAUGACAAAAAAAUGCGAUAUGACUAAAAGUGUGACCAACUAGCCCGAAAAAUCCGGGACAUGGCCUGAAUUACGAAGUUGUGUCCCGGCGUCCCGGACACGGCUUCCGGGCCAUCCGAAUUGUCAACGUUUUGGUAAUGAACGUUUGGGUUUGAAAUUUUGAAUACGUUAUUUUUCUAAGCAUUCAUAUCAAAUUGAAUUGGUGGGACGAAAAAAAGUCGACAAUUUCUAGAGUGUAAUACUAAUACCACAUCCAAAACGCAUGCAUUUUAUAUCUUGCUUGGUAUUACGAAUUGUUAGUUCUACCAAAACUAAAACGGUGGACUUUUUUUCGUUUCUGUAUUUUAAUUAUCGUCUUCCGAAAAACAAAAUGGCCCGAUUUUCAUUGAAAUGUCCCGGAUUUCAGGUAUUUUUUCAGCCUUGUCCCGGAUUCGACUGAAUUGGAGAGUUGGUCACACUAGAUAUGACCGAAAAAAAAAAUUCUGAGACUUAUGUGUUAGGAUGCGUUUGCAGUCAAUUGCUUCACGAAGAAUGUAGAAAUGCAUUAUGUAACUCUUUUAAUAAUUAUUCUUUAGAUAAUACCUUAAUAGAGUUAAACAAAAUAUGAUAAAUCAUCUAAUUUUAUAUUUCCAAACGAUGAAGCAAUUAGAUAAAAUUAAUGAUAUAUUUAAAAGGUAUUUUCAUAAUUAUUUACAAAAGAUUGAAAAUGUUAAGUAUAAAUUAAAAUGUGAUAUACAAGAAACUCUUCAAAAUGUAUGUAUAAAUUGUCACAAGACUUUUAUGCAUAAAUAUUUUAAUGUUUUAAUAAAAGCGUAUGUAAAUAAAACUAACGAUAUCUAGUAAUAAGGAAAAAUUAUGUAAAUUAAAAUGUAACAAUAUCAAAUUAAAGAA